CGAUUUUCGAGGGGGAGAAGGGAAGCCGCUCCGAGCGUAUAUAUAGUAAAGUAUUUUCUAAGGUAACCACCAGUCGGCUUUGUAACCUUUCUACGACACAAUGAGUCCGAUUUACAGUUCAAUACCGCUGCUGCUUUUUGGCUGCCCAAUUCUAUUCGCCAUUUCAUCCGCAGCGACACGUCCGGCUCCUGAUUCCACGCACCGUGGAUUCGAUCUCGAUAAGGAAACGAUCAUCGACCGGGAAAUUUUCGCGAGGUUAAAAGGUGCAGGGCGUAAAGAAAUGGAAAAUCUUCGACUGGAUAAUUUCGACGAGGAUCGUCCGCAGGAACAGGAAUAUUUGGAAAACUAUGGCGGAACGCAGGAGGAUCCAGGCCUGGAUUAUCUGCUCUUAAAAAAACGUCCGGCAUCGGGCAGGAAGUACAACUACCACAGGUGCUACUUUAAUCCGGUCACGUGUUACCGGAAGUAGGGGGUAUUAAUCACGUGGAAUAUUUUCGCAUGAAUAUACCGAUCACGUAUUUUGUAAAAUGCACCGCACUCAAGUGAACACAGAUAAUAAAACAAAUUGAUA